GCCAAAACGCGAUGUGGGGUUGCUGGAGAACAUGACGUGAUAAAAGUGGUGCAGUCUUGUUUCGGAGGCCAAGUCUCAUUUUGGGCCAUUGAGCCAACGGAGUAAGUUAAUAAAAAAAAUCGAAAUCGCUUCUGCUUUAUUUUUGUACCACACUGUGCUAUUUAUUAUAUAUAAGCAGCAUAUUUAGACACGCUGAUUAUUAUUCACUUGGCAAUUCAGGACAACGUCUAGUUCUCCAAAACCAUGAAAAUUAAUCCGGAAAAUACGAUGAAUGGUGACUUGAUGGACAAUCACUACAAUCUUGGACACUAUUUUAUGGACUACAUGACCAGAUUCCCUGAAGACUGUAUUUGGCAGAUCGACGCUGGUACAGGCCAGUCAGAAUCGAAGUUGUCUGUAAAGAGCCGGUCGAUACGAUUGGCGAGAUGCCUCCGUAACGCGGGCCUGCGGCCGGGCGACGUGGCCGUCGUAUGCGGCAGGAACCAUCUGGACGUCCACAUUCCAUUCUAUGCAGCAUUUAUGAACGGGCUGCCGUUGGCUGGAAUUGAUCCUAUUUACAGAUACGAAGAAAUCAAAGUUAAUUUUAAGACGACGCAACCAAGAAUAGUCUUCUGUGAAGUGGAAAAUUUCGGCGACGUAAAGAGAGCCGUGAAUGAUCUCGGACUUGAUACGAAGCUGGUGACAUUUGGUGACGGUGAUCACUCGUUAGCAAAGUUCUUGGAGAUGUACGAUGACCAUGAGCCGGAACACAAUUUCAAAGUGGCGAGCUUCGAUACGGACAAGGUGUUCGCUUGGCUCAUCAGUACGAGCGGAACCUCGGGACUGCCCAAGGUGGCAGCCAUCAAGCACCCUGCCGUCAUCAAGGGACUUCGGCUAUACGAGAUGCUCAAAGGAAAAGAAAUUCAACCAGCUCUGAACUUGUCAAGUGUGCAGUGGAUAUCCUCGUACCUAGCUUCUCUGGCCAUGAUCACCGCCAACCACAUCAAGGUGCAAUCUUCGUCCCCCAUCACCAUCGAGCACGCCAUUGACAUCAUCAAUAAAUACAGGCCUGUUGUAAGCACCGGGAGUCCAGUUCUGUUUACUGGCAUCGUCAGGCAUCCAAAAUCUUGUGACUUGACUAGCUUCAACUGCAUCAUCCUUACUGGUUCUUCCGUGAAGUUGCAGAUUCUCCAACUACUCAAUUCAAGAAUGCAUCCAAAAGCUGAGGUAUGGAAUCUGUACGCUCAGACGGAGUGCGUAGGACCUAUAUUCCUCCCUUGCCCACACGGCCCUGCAGGGAAUGUGGGGAAAGAAUUACCAGUAGUAAAAGUACAGUUGGUCGACACUGCGACUGGCGAAGUCAUCACGAAGCCAAACCAGACCGGAGAGCUCUGGUCGAAGGGACCAAGAUUUGCAGAGUACUACAAUAACCCUGAAGCAACUGCGGAGGCGUUCACAGCUGACGGCUGGUACAAGACCGGAGACCUGCUGUACAGAGACGGAGACGGUUACUACUUCUACGUGGAUCGUAUGUCCAGUGCCUUCAAAGUUAGAGGUUACUUUGUAAUGCCCAUGGAAGUUGAGAAUGUGAUCCAUACGCAUCCCGAUGUGAUAGAGGCGUGUGUGGUCGGCGUGCCGCACGCCGAGGACGGCAAGCGCGCCCUCGCCGUCGUGCAGCGCCGAGUCGGCGCCGCCGUCACUGAGCAACAGAUCAAGGACCUCGUUGCCAGUAAACUCUCAGACAGCAAACAUCUUCAUGGCGGAGUCAUUUUCGUAGAAAGUUUCCCGAGAACAGUCACCGGCAAAUUGAAGAGAACCAAAGUUCUCGAUAUGGUCUUAAAUGGGCAGAAUAUGCGUGAUAUGGAGAUUCCCAGCGUCGGCAACACGAAAAAAUUGAUAAGUACCUUUCAACAACUAUGCAGCUACGAAAACAACUCCAAAUCUGAUGUUCCACGUGUAAAAGUACCUUAAGCGAUCGUCGUUUACGUUAUUAACGACUUGCUAAUACUUAUAAUGCGGUGCCACUCUACGUAAGCCCCGACCGCCAUAAGGUACGUUUACCCGCUGAACGUCACAAAUAAGCACGUCUUAUCGAGAAGAAACUUGACCGGUCUAAAGGGAUAAAUCUCAAUAAUAGUUCACUAUGAAUAAAUUAGAUUGGCAACUGUUAAAGGUUUUUAUAAAUGGUUCCAGCAAUCAACAUAUGUAGUUUUACCUGUCUCUAGAUUUCUUCUAUGAGAUAUGGCUUAAAGAGCCUACAUUCAGGCCAUAUAACAAAAAAUAUUUUUCUCAGGCUUGACAGGUAAAUCCUAUUCCGGCACCAUCUGUAAAAUACUUCGACCGGCUCACCCUAGGUUAUCCCAAUGCUUAACCUAAAACAAAAAAGCAUCCUUGGUACAAUGCUGAGGAAUGAGCCUAUUUUAUUUAGAUUUAAGCUAGGUAUAGUAAUUAUCCAUAUAUAAUCAUUGUGUGUAUUGUUGUUGUAAAUAAAAUGUUAAGAAUUUAAAAAAAUAUAUUGAAUUUCUUAAUAAUUUAUAAAUAUACUUUUUCCCCGACCUAUUAAAUAUUUGUUGCAAUAGAAAUUAAUUAUAAUAAACUUGCGAUAGUUGCGAUGAUAGUUGAUCUUGACUUGGUUUCACUUGAAUAGAGAUUCGAUUUUUUAAUGUCACUCGUUAACAUUAUCAUCAUAAUACCCCCCUAACCCCUAUAACACGAGCAAUUAUAAAAAAGAGAUAAUAAAAACUUGGAAAAAUUACAACAUAACUUAAUUACAUUUCUUUUUAGGGUUCAGUAGCCAAAAUGGCAAAACGGAAGCCUAAUAGUUUCGUCAUGUCCGUCUGCCUUUAUACUCUGAAACUAUGUAUAAGACAUAUUUUAAUAAAAUUCAGUGGCUUGUCGAAGUCCUACCUAUAUUAUCCAUUAGAAGAUAUAUGACAGAACAAGAAAAGGGAAGUGCAGUAUGAGUCAAGGCUUCACGUGUGACAGUGAUUGGCUUUAAAAUUUUUCGACAAAAAUUUACUCUCUAACACGGAUAAAAUUUAAACAUAGAUCACGAGUUAUUUACCACAGAGAAGUCACUGUUUUUUAAGUAUUUAACAUUCAAUAAGUGAUACUAAUGUACAGCUUUUCGUCUUCCUUGCCGGUGUUGGUCGAAGCCAUGAGAAAAAUGAAAAUUUACUGUUGGAAAUAUAUCUUAUACCUUUAAACGAGCAAUUCUUGUAUAUUUAUAUAUAUAUAUAUAUAUUUCCGGGAUCUCGGAAACGGCUUUAACGAUUUUGCUGAAAUUUGGUAUAUAGGGGUUUUUGGGGGUAAACAAUCGAUCUAGAUUAGUCUUAUGUUUGGGAAAACGCGUGUUUUCGAGUUUUCAUGCGUUUUUCUUUCGUCGCAAAAUAUGGUCGCUAAUUUCGUGUUGCCGGCCAUUGUCCGUCUGGUCCAGCGGGUUAAGACGCGGACGGCAAGAAACAACCAGUGUAACGGGUUCGAAUCCCGCCCGUUGACUAACUUUUGUUUUUUUUUUAUAUGUUCAAGUUUAUAUUAAUAAUUAUAAGUUCACAUUUUACUUUUUUAAGUUUAUGUAGAUUAUCACCUAAACAUCACCAUAUUACAAUAAAUAGUUAUAACCGAACAAAGCUCGGUCGCCCAGGUACUUUUAUUUUAAUGGCAACACAUGGGUUACUUUUUUGGAUUAUUUGGUUCAUAGUUUCGAAUUAUUUUUCACAUAGCUCGGGUACGGUCAGCUGUCAACUCAAUACAUAUUUUGUGCAUU